AUGGACCCCGAACCUCGUCCCCUACGCUCCCGUACCCGGAAACCUUUCGAACUACCCACCUCCGAGUCCUCUGAACCCGCUACUCCGAUUACAGAAGAAUGCAUCCAACCUUCAUACUCAAACAACCCCACCCUCGACAACCCUGAAACCUCCUCCAAAGACUUGCUCACCGCCCCCAGCCGCACCCACUCAAUCCUAAACCUCACCUCCUCGACCCUCCUAGGAAUCUACUCCCCCACGGCAUUCUCCGACGGCCCCCUCCGUGACGACAUAUCCCUCUCAGCCACCUCCGCCACGCCAUGGGGCACAGGUGCGCAGACGCCAAGCUCCCCACGCAGCCCGGCCGCCUCAUCCGCCGCCGCAACCUCCUCGAAGCUCGGGAAUGGAACUAACGGCAUUACUGGCACUCAUUCCCGCACUUCCUCGUCUCAUGCCCACCAACGACCUGCGCUGCAUGUCCCCCGACGCCAUGGCUUUCGAUCACUUUACCUACCCCUCCUACUCCGCGCCGUCCUCCUCUUCGCCUUCGGCGUCGCGUAUGGGACGCUCAUUAUGCAUUUGCAUGAUAACCAUCGUCUAACGCCUAUGCGGAUGGAGAAUAUCACCGACCAUGGGUCGUGGGUUUAUAUGGUGUUCUGGGGGUUGGCGGGGGUUGCGUUGGGCGGGUUGUUGCCGUGGUUUGAUGGGGUUUGGGAGGAGUUUGUCGGGGGUGAGUGCGGGGGUGGGAUUCUGAAGGAAAGUGACAAUGGCAACUUGAAUGCACAAGGGGAUGAUGAUAAGCAGCUGAAGGUGGCUGAUUGGAAUUCUGUUGUGAGGAGUACUGGUGCGUUUGUGGGGAUUGCGUUUGCCAUUCGCAAACUCCCCUGGCAAUCAACCCUCCAAGUCUCCCUAACCCUCGCCCUCGUCAACCCGUUCCUCUGGUACCUCAUCGACCGCUCAAAGCCAGGCUUCAUGCUCUCCACCGCUGUGGGAUUAGUAGGCAUGGUGGCAUUGUUGGGGAUUAAUUCCGAUGUUGUGCCAGCGCCAGGUGUUCCGGUUGGAGCUAGUGGGAUGCAAGUUGCGUCACAAGAGAGUAUUGCCGUGGGUACGUGGAUUGCCAGUGUUCUGUUCUGCAGCUGUGUUUGUUUUGGGAAUAUUGGAAGGAGGUUGGCGGUUGGUUGGGGGGGUUGA